AUGAGAUUCCCUAAAUUGGAAAUGAACAUCAUUGUCGCUUUCUUCGUAGCAACGUGUGAUUUCACGCUCGCUGAUAAGCACGGCUCGCCAGUUCCACAGCCUCCCCCGCUGAAUCGGAAUAACACGGCUGCGAUGAAGCCUGAUAUUCCACUCCAUUUGAAGUACGUAAGGAGGCAGGAGAAAGUUUAG